AUCAAUUCAUAUGUUAAUUUCUUCCUUGACAGCAUCAUCCCUACCACAGGAAAAACCAAACAAUAGUUAAAAGAACAUCAGAGACCAACCAAAGCUGGAAUAGACAACAAGACCAUCAGCAAAAACGUGGGGAGAGUAAUUCAAUAAGAAAGAAAUACAGGAUGGUCAUCAACUAUCCUGUUAACAUGUUGCCUCAUAGGGUCAAGCUAAUCAUGAAACGGGGAGGGAUCAGCUUAUAGUACAUGACACUAGUUUGUUAAUGACCAGAUCAGGGCUUUUCUGCAAACCUCUCUUCAAUUCCCAAGAUAAUCUCUACAAUAUUCUGAAAAGGUCUUGAGAAAUCGUGGCGGUCAAAUGUGACCAAAAUCAAGAUCUUUGGAAUCAGCUUGACCCACUGUGUUCAGAGGAAGAGAAAUGCUAAUUAUGACCCAAAGAACACAUUCUUUAUGGGAGUGGAGAUAAGAUGCUGUGGGGCAGUUUUUCUGCUUGGGAUAAACGAUAACCUCACUGCAUUAAGAAGCUAAAGAACCGGGUCGUGUCUGACCUUAAAGAACAUCCUUCGUCACUCAACCAGAACACUAAAGAUGGGUUGUGACAAUAGCAUGACAAUGACCUCCACAAACAUAUCACCUGAGCAGCAAGUACGUGGCUAAAGAAAGAGCACAAAAAGGUCAAGGAGUGGAUGCAGCAAACUCAAGAUCUCAGUUCUGCAGAAGUCUGUUAAGGAAGCUAAAACUUUGAGCAGCCAAGAAACCUGGAUCUGGUUUAGUUUCUAAAAAGCAGAGCAGGCCAAAGUCCCUCGGGAGCCAUGUGCCUCAGGAAAUCAAAACUAAUAUGAAGCCUAGAGUCUGUAUUUAAACUAGAGCCAGUGGGUAAACGGAAGACAUUUGUGUUUCAGAUCUGCAGCAAAUCAUUUAUAUUGCGCAAGAGACAUCAUAAAUCAAAAACAUCUUCAUGUUGAACAUGUUAUAUUUUUAUAUGUUCUUUUGCUGUGGAGUUCAGAUGUUAAUGUUCACAGUAGAAGCAAUCCUACUGCAUCCGCUAAACCAUAAAACCUUCACAUGUCCAAUAAUGUCCUAAACGUCUUCAGAUGAAUCGUGUUUACAGUAACAGAAUGUCCCCAAGCAGAGCAGCAAGGUGCUUAGUGAGUAAAAUACAAAAUAAGAUAAAACAAAUCACUCAUGCAAUCCCUUUGCUGAGUCUGAUAAUGGGAUUCCUUUGCAUUGCGUAAAAUGUACUCUUAAUAAUCCAGGGGGUGUGUGUGCACACGCUGGUCAUCUGUUGUGCCUCACUGGCCAGGUGAUUAUCCAGCAGAGUUUCAUAGGAAAGAAAGGGAGAUGAGUGGGUGGGGCAGAGAAGAUGGAUAACUAAACAGAUUAAGUGAUAGAGGAGUGACUGUUAGAACAAGGCGGAGAGAGGAGUGAGAUUAAGACGGACCGAAGGACCUCAGACGCUGGAAAUUGUACAAGUCGGCUUAAGGAUGAGCAAACGGGACUCUUGUUUUUAAAUUAAAAACCCUCAUUUUUUGUUUGUUUUUUACAUUUUUUUGCAUUAAAAGCAAUUUGUUUAUCUGGUAGGGCUGGCACAGCUAAAGUGUUGCCCUGGACCUGUUGAGGAAAACACACGGCCGGCAGAGGAGCACCAGGAGGAGACGGGCCGCCGGCAGGUCGAGCAGGAAGCUUGAGCAAAGGCUCCGCUGCGUGAUGAGGACGGCCAGGCGUGCCAGCAAUGUGGAGGUGCCCUCCUUUCUCCGGCAGCUGGUUAAAGAGACGGAGAAAAUGGUAACGUUCUUCUUCAAGGCCGGAUCCAGGGAAAGAGGCUGUGAGGAGGAGGACAAUUUAGAAGACGAAGACGCAAUGCCAAGCCCCUAUCUGGACCGCCCCAACUUGGAGAAACAUGUUGCAGAAGGGGGUUCUAGUUUGGGGUUGAACUACGCUGUGGCCAGCAUGCAGGGCUGGAGGGCUCAAAUGGAAGAUGCCCACACCUGUUUGCCCCAGCUGAAGGGAGACCUGGAGGACUGGGCGUACUUCGCUGUUUUUGAUGGACAUGCAGGCAUCACAGUGGCCCAGUACUGCUCCAGAAACCUGCUGGAUCACAUCCUGACAACAGGUGGGAUCAAAGCAAACGAGGACCCUGACCAGGUGAAGGAGGGAAUCCGUGAGGGAUUCCUGGGCAUCGAUCGCCACAUGCACAAAAUGGCUCGCAAGGACAGCUGGGACAGAAGCGGCUCUACCGCAGCGGCUGUCAUGAUUUCUCCACGUUACAUUUACUUCAUCAACUGCGGGGACUCGCGCACCUUCCUCUGCCACAAUGGCCAGGUGGUCUUCUACACAGAGGACCACAAGCCGUUUAAUCCCAGGGAAAAGGAGAGGAUCCAGAACGCCGGCGGCUCGGUUACCCUGCAGAGGAUUAACGGCUCACUGGCCGUUUCCAGAGCACUGGGAGACUUUGACUUCAAGGAGGUGGACUGGAGACCACAAACGGAGCAACUGGUGUCACCGGAACCGGAAGUGUAUGAACUGGAAAGGACACCCGAAGACGAGUUCCUCGUGCUGGCAUGCGACGGCGUGUGGGACGCCAUCGGUAACGAGGAACUGUGCGCAUUCAUACGCAACCGUCUCCAGGUGUGCGAUGACCUGAGAGACAUCUGUACCCAGGUCAUUGACCUCUGCCUCUAUAAGGGCAGCUUGGAUAACAUCAGCAUCAUCAUCGUGUGCUUCCCCGGCGCCCCCCAGGUGUCGCAGGAGGCACUGCAGCGCGAGGCAAACCUGGAGCAGCACAUUGACAUGAAAGUGGAAGAAAUCAUUCAGAUGAUGCGAUCCAAAGAUGAAGAUCCCGACCUUCUGUAUGUGAUCAAGUUCCUGGCUGCAGAGGAAAUACCGGGGCUCCCACCGGGGGGAGGCAUCACCAGCAAGAGAGACUGCAUCAUAGGAGCUUAUCAUAAACACAUCAUGAAUCUCAGGACGCAGGAACCUAUGGUGAGACAUUCAUGCAUUUCAUUCAGCCAUCACUGCUGAACACAAUUACUGCUUUUCAAUAUGUUUGUCUUUUUGUCCAGUCAAAAAUGAAACAUAUUGAGUAGCAGAUGGGAUGAAAUUUCCAAAAAUUGAAAGUGAGAAUUUUCACCCUUGACAAGCAUCAGAGAAACGAUUAAAAUCAACGAGUGAUAUUGGGAAUUUUUUACAGGAUUGGAACAAUUUACAAUUUAGAAAUGAUUGAUAACAUUUAGACGUUCCAACUGGACUAACUCAU